GCCUCAUAUCGAAGUCAGCCGUCGAACGAGAGUGAUCUGUGUAUUAACUUCUGUAACUUGAUUUUUGAAAAGUGACAAGUUUUGUUUUUGACUAACAGACAAUUUUUGAUUCGUUGUUUUUGUGGACUAACCGUUGCAAAUGGUGGUGUUAGAAGGUGGCAGCAUGUUGUCCUCAGCGGGCAAUCAGUACCUUCAACCGGAUUAUCUAUCCCCUUUACCUACAACGCUCGAUGCGAAAAAGAGUCCAUUGGCUCUAUUGGCACAAACGUGCAGUCAAAUAGGAGCCGAUUCGCCCACAACAAAGACGCUUAUUUCUCCAUUAGAUAAAGCCAAGAAGAUUGGUAGCGAUAACUUACGAACUUCUCCAACUACAGGAAAAGAAAAAACCGACAAAGCAUCCCCACGGAUAACACCAAGUGAACAAAGGUUGGCGUUUAAACCGUAUGAAACUAACGUGGUGACGAAGAGAACCGAAGAGACUCGUCCAAGUUCUGAGAAUAGUGUACACAAUGGGGACGAUAAAAAAUCUGACAAUGGUAGUGCUGGAAGAAAAACCGCGUCACCGUCCAGGAACUCAUCAGCUACUCCCGUCACCGACACUGGGAAAAGUUCUCCAGAGCAGAAAUGUGCUACCCCAUCAGCAAGAGGCGCCAGUCCUAUUAUUCGGUCAGGGCUAGAAAUACUGCAAGGCCACCCGAAAGAUACUCCUCUUGGAACAUUUAAACCUAGUGCGUUAUCAUCCGGUUUGAGUGGUUUGAAUAAUCCUUUGAGUGCUUUGUGUUGUCCACCCGGAUUAGAGGCAACUAAUCCUGCAUUUAGACCUCCGUUUCCCGGUGCUUCGUUUAGUGCGCAACACGCAGCUAUGUUUGCUGCAGGAUACCCUGGCGGUAAUCCAGGUCCCUACUUAAGUUAUGCUCGUGUGAAGACUCCUUCAGGUGGCGAAGCAUUAGUUCCAGUUUGUAAAGAUCCCUACUGCACAGGAUGUCAAUUUAGUUUACAAAAUCAACAAUUACUGAUGAGUGGUGCUGCAGGUCCUUGCCCUUCUGGAUGCACCCAGUGUGAUCACCAAAAGUACAAUUUAGCCAUGGCGAUGUCUUUGGUUCCUCCAGGUCCAGUUCCCACAUCGUCCUUAGCGUAUUCUCAGCUAGGAAGACCUUAUGUAUGCAAUUGGAUAGCAGGUGACACAUAUUGUGGAAAGAGGUUCGUUACAUCAGAGGAACUCUUACAGCAUCUCAGAACUCACACCAAUGGAUCUGAUCCAGCCACAUCAGCCAGCUCGUCCUUACUUAGUCACCAUUCGUUAUUCUCCUCAGCCUCUCUACAUCGGGCGGGAUAUCCCAAUCCACCUCUGAGCCCAUUAUCUGCAGCGAGGUACCAUCCUUAUGGAAAACCCACUUUACCAACAUCUUUGGGUGCUUCUCCAUACAGUGCAUUUAAUCCAACGAGUUUAGGACCUUAUUAUUCCGCGUAUUCUGUUUAUGGACAAAGGUUGGGGGCAGCAGCCGUACACCAAUAGUGCUAAUUUUUUUAACAGUUUUUGAUAAAUGUACAUGAUGUCCUGUAUGUAAAAUAAUAACAAAAUCGAUCAAUUUGAUGUUGAAGUAUGAACAAUUGUGAUUAACAUUAAUAUUUAUUUAAUUCUUCCUUGAUUUGAAGUUUGCCAAUUUUUAAGGUACAUUUUAAAAACCAAUACAUAUUUUGUACAUUAUUUCUUUUCAAUCAAAUAAUUAGUCAAACUGUUCUUGACUCAUCAUCUGUUUACUUCCUAUCAACGUUUUUCUGGUGAUGGCUCUUCUGUUUGCUUAUCACCUUACAGAUAUGUUGUUUCCUACUCUAAAACAGUUAACUACAUUAAUUAUGUCCUCAUUCUUCCACUAUCACCGUUUGUUAUGAAUGGUUAUAAUUAAAUAUGUAUUAUUUAUGGAUGUCCAUUCAUUUUCUACAUUAACUAAAUUCUUAUUAGUUCUACACUAUACUCUCGCUAGGUAAUCGCACAAUCUUAAUCACAGUUUUUCGCACAAAGCAUAGGUCUUGUUUAAUACUAUUGAUAUUGUGUGACUUAAAUCUCGAAUUCAUAUUUUUGAUUCGGCAAUGAUACUCAGGACAUUUUGUACAUUUUAGACAUUGCGAUUGAUUGUCCAUAACUGCAGACUGUGAUAAUUUGUACAUAUUAUUUUUUGAUUCGUGGUGAAUGAUGUGCAAUCUUCAAUGAAAUAAAUAAUAUCUUGCGCAAUGCGUUUUUAGAUAUUGUUCGAUUUUUAAUUUUUAUAGAUCUAGGAUGUUUCUCUAUCAUCCAAAAAAUCUCAUUUCUAUAGUUAUUUAAAUGAAUGUUGAGUUUCGAUGAUGCUUUAAUAAAAUGUUUGUAAAUGUA